AUGAGUGAGCAAGAAAAAGAAUUUAUCUCGUACUUGGAGGAGCAUGGCGUAAUAGAUCACUUAAGCCGCGCCCUCCUGGAACUAUUCGAAGAGAAGGAAAAGCCAAAGGACGCAAUAAAAUUUAUAUCCGACCAUUUGCAGGACGUGGACGCGGACGUGCCGCUGGAAGACCUGAAGAGGGAGAAUUUAUUCCUCCGACAGGAAAAUCAAAGACUAACCAAGAAGUUCGAAGAACUAAAUGAUACCUUAAAUAAAUUGCUUAGCAGCGACCGGGGAGGUGCUAAAAUCAAGGAUUUGAAUGGAUGCUUGGAAGGAGGGGAAGUAACGGCGAAAUAG